AUGCUUGAGGCCUGUUGGAUUCUUAGUCUUCUAUGUGUGUUUCAGCUCCAGAGAAUAUUACUGAGGGAGAUGACAACAGACUAUGUGAAUCAGCAAAAGGAAGCGGCAUCUCACGGUGCAGGACUACUUGGCAUCCUCCAAUGGACCGCUAUUUCAUCGGUCUCAUGUUGGAGCAAGCGAGAAGUGGAAACCAGAUUGAAGGUGCUUUUAGGAAACAAGCCUGGACUGAUAUGGUUAAACUCUUCAACGCCAAGUUCGACUCUAGCUUUACUGUGGAUGUCUUGAAGAACCGGUACAAGACUCUGAGAAGGCAGUAUAAUGCGAUCAAGAGUCUUCUUCGAUCAGAUGGGUUUGGUUGGGAUGAUGAGCGUCAUAUGGUUACAGCUGAUGAUAAUGUCUGGCAAGACUAUAUAAAGGCUCAUAGAGAUGCAAGGCAAUUCAUGACUCGACCCAUUCCAUACUACAAAGAUUUGUGUGUGGUCUGUGGAGAUUCCGAGGAAACUGACGACUGCUUUGUAGCUACGGACUGGUUUGAUCCCGAAGCCGAGUUCCACGAGGGUACAACCGAUUUGUCUAGUUCCGGUGAGGAACAAGACAUCAACUCUCUUUUCUGUGAACCCAAGAACAAAAGAGAUCAUCAAAAUGGUACAAGCCCUGUAAAGCUGAAGAAGCCUCGAGUUGAUGAAACCAAAGCCAUGGGAAUAGAAGACGCGGUUGAGGCUAUCCAAGCGUUACCAGACAUGGAUGAGGAGCUUAUAUUAGAUGCUUGUGAUCUGCUUGAAGAUGACCUCAAGGCCAAGACUUUCUUGGCACUAAAUGUGAAAUUACGCAAGAAGUGGUUGUUAAGGAAACUCCGGCCUCAUGUAACUUAACACCAUUAUUAGCUGUAAAAAAUGCACAAGUUUUGAAAGAUAAACAGAGCUUCAUUUUCUUA